GCUGGAUGGUACAAUUUUUAAGUAGUUGUACCUCAUGACGGGAUGAAGCAGACAUCCAUCGAUGUCACCUCAGUCUUGCAAGUCUAGUGGCAAUUUCCUUUUCAGUCUCCUGGUCUCAGUGGGAUCUAAUAGCGAUGGCAGCAGUGGGUUUGGAUGGUCGCUAAGCCUAGCAUGGUGUUUGCAACUUCUUUCCAUGAUGACUUCCCUGAUGAAUGGGAUUUUCAGAUCCCUAUGGAGCGUUCCAUUUGAGACAUACCAAGGCGCAUCUGCAAUGCUUCUAAGGAUGUUUGAUUGAGCUCGUUGAAUGAUUGAAAGGUUUGACUUGCUAGCGCAGCCCCAGAGUUCGAUCCCGUAAGUCCAAAUGGGCUUGAUGAUGGCUUUGUAUAUCAUUUUGAUUUGCAUCCUAUCAGCCAAUUUAACUCUUUACUUUUCAAGUCCAUCUGUUUUCUUUUCUUG